AUGUUGCCUGCUCUACGAUCGCGUCCAAACUUGACACGUGUUAUCAACCAAUUAUUGGCUGCUCGUCGUCAACAAGACGCAUUUCGUGUUCCUGCACAAAAUUCAUCAGCUGUAUCUGUACUUACAGAUGAACAACGUGCACAUCAACUUAAAAUAUGGCCUGGUGUUCCAGAACGCGUUCGACCUGUACCAAUUGAUUAUUGUCCCAUUGAUCCAAUUGAAUUUGAUAAGAUAAAUAAUCGUUUUCAUUCACAAGUUAAUAUGUGGAAAUGGGUAUCAUUAUUAGUUGCUAUACCAGCUAUUGCUUUAUUAACAUAUCUUAAUGUAAUUCUACCACAAGAUCAUCAACGUCCAGAAUAUAAAGAUUGGGAUCAUUUACGACCACGUAUGAAAUGGCCAAUUAAAGAUGGAAUACAUUCACCAUUUCAUAGUAAAUGGUUUAAUGCUAUUCAUUUUGAUAAUAAAGGUUAUGAAACAAGUGAUGCCGAAUUUGAACAACACUUUCAUCAUGGUCAUGAUAGCAAACAUUAG